AUGAUUGUAGACACGCCUACUGUGAUAACAGAGAAAGUGUAUGCAAUAAACUUAACUUUGACAAAAAUAAUGGCUGGUGUUGCUGCAAUGAAGGCAUGUUUAAAUUUUUGUAAUGGUUUUUGUUCGGAUACAUGGUCAUACGGGCGUAUCAGCGCUCGAUAUAUAUGUCGUAUCGAAUUUACACCGGUCGACGGAGUUACAACUUCGUCGUUUAAAUGUGACGAAGUUAUAACUUCGACAGAGAAAUUUGUCGAAGCUAUUUUUAAUUCACUUAUCAAUAAAUAA